AACGGCUGUCCGGGCGUCCCUACAUUCCCUGCAGCUCGGGAGCUGUGCUUAGUCUCUUUGUGCUGAGCAUGGAGAUGUUGGCACUACCCAGCUUUUUUCCUUUCUCCCCUCUCCUCAAGCCAGGAAUGCAGCCAAGAAAACGUAGUCCUUCCAGCAUGUUGGUUUGAGUCGGCUGAGUGCCCUUGGCUCCUAACUAGCUUGGAGGAUCGUGCGAGACCUUGGCACGGCUGGUAUGUACGCAGGAAUGUUUGCUGGCAUGCAGCACGGUUGCUGAUGCUAAAGAGUGGUUAAUAAGGGAAUGUGCAUGGCAGACAGAGGUAUCUGUCUACAAGGGAUUUCUGGGAGCUUGUUUAGGGUGGUGUGUGUUGGCCUGGCAAUAGGAAAUGGGGAGCACCUUUGCUUUGGAAGUGCAGAGAAGAAGCCUCAGUGCUGCUUAUUGGAGCAUCUCAAAGCAAUCAUUGACCCAAACAUCCCAACUGCCAGGUUUAAUUAGACCCACUGUGUGUUGCUGAGGAAACCAGAGACAGGAGGGCAUGCGGUGUUGCAAGGCUACCAAGGGAUAGUAAUGGGAAUAGGUUUACGCCUUGCUCCAUUGUCAUCCUUUAUGCUCUAGCCCAUUGACUGCAGUGACUACUAGAACUGGAUGUAGAAACUAGAGAUUCUGGCACCUGGGGAGUUAAUUUUGAUCCUAGUCUCCACUUGGGCAUCAGUUGUAGUCCUGGAAAGUGUGAAAAAAUUUAAGCAUUUGUCUUCAGUUGGUGGGCCAGGACCCACCACUUAACAUGAGCUAAGAUGGGUUGCAACAGGAGCUGCACACACAUAUAGUGAGAAAGGAAGACAUUUAUCCGCAGGGGCAUGUUUGGUUUAAAGGUGGGGUCAUAGCUCUGAAAGAUUGAUCUACAGUGUCCUGGAGCAUGAGCUGAGUUUCCUUCUUUCUUGACUGAAACUGCCCUAGUAGCUCCUAUACACCUAGAACUGAGAGCAGGAGGGGUUUUUAAUGUAGUGCAUAGGCAAGCUUGAAUCCUGGCAUCUUCCAUAAAAUUAAAGUUACUAGCUCUGUUUCAUGUUCUCUUGUUGCUCUACCUACUAAGUUCCAUUUCCUUGCUAGAGUUACUUUUAAAAGUUAGGAAUUGCUUUACAACUUUUUUGUCCAUACUUGCUGGACUUUACUACAAAUAUUGUAUUUUAUGUCUGUUUUAUGGACUGUUGUAAACCACCCAAAGAGCUUCAGCUGUGGGGUAGUAUAGAAAGUAAAUAAAAUACUUGAGAAAUAUAACCCUAAUUUAGCUCCUAGCUGCUGUCUCAAAACAACAACAGCAACAAUACCAAAAUACUCAUGGUGUUUUUAUAUAUAGACUAUAAUAUGAAAUGUUACUUGGCAUUAAACCCAGCACUGUCCAUAUGCUACAGUUUUUAACACAAGUGAUUUCACAUGUCCUUGCCCCACCCGCAACUGCUGCCACACCACUUUCUGACUGUGCUGAGUUCUGAGAAUUUAUUCCAUAUCUCCUAGAUUAGAGAUGGGUAAAAGGCAGAUCCCCAGUUAUUUUGGACUUCAGCUCCCAGAAGCCCCUGACAGAAUACUGACAGUUGGCAUUCAAAACAUCUGGGGAUCUAAUUUCUGUUUACCCUUAGAACCUUGAAGAUGACUGAAACAAAAGGGAUGCUAAACUCUGUGCAUGAGUGUCUGUCUUGGCUGACUGAACUAAUUAGUUCUUAUGCUGGGAUUAUAUUUUCUUUGGGUCCUUAGUACUGAAGCACACCAAGAGGACCAAUUAUUACUGCAUCAUAGAAUAAUGAAAGUCAAAAUGUGCAAAAACAUUUUUUCUUGGAGGUUGUUUUUGCCCCCCUCCCCCAGCUAUGGUAAAGUCAGGUGUAACUUCUUAAGUACAGUCAGGCUGGUUUGAACAUACCUGAACAGCUUUAAAAGCACAGCUAUAUUUGAAUGUUCUGGAGUGAGAUCUGAAAAAACCAAAGUUCUACCAUUUUGGAGUAGGGGCGUGAGGAGACUGGCCUAUUGGCUAGCACCCAUCUCAUAUCUUCGGAGCAGUUUUUUAACUGUUGUGAGUUUUUCAGGGGAAAGGUAAGAUGAAGAAUGAACACAUAUGGAAAAACAAUCCAUGUAAGCAGGUUUAAAAUGCAAUUUUCUUUUUCUGAAAGGCAGACAGUCUUUAUUUAGUACUAAGGGAGAAGUGAGAGAGAUUGCUGAUCCAGUAUAUAUCUUACUCAUAGGUAAAGCACAAUUGCAGAGUUGGGUUUGUGCUGCAGGGGCAGCAUCAGCUGUGAAUACUGCUAAAAUGCUGUGCCUAUCUUCAUCUCUGUAUGCUUUUCCCCAGGAAACUACUUGACAAUUUAAAACAAGCUUGGGGAACAUGUGGUCCUCCUGGAUGUUGUUGGACUGCAACUUCUGUCAACCCGUCAGCUAAAACUGAUGGUAGUUGCCAUGCAUCUGGAGUGCUAGAUGUUCCCCACCCCAAUUUAAAGCAUGAAAAUAAUAGUGUGAUCUAAUUUGGUUUCCCAGCUUACUCCAAAGUAGACCAUAUUUUUUCAAUUUUGUCAUUGGAAACUCAGGCAACAGUAAGGAGGAUGCCUAGUUUCUUUUCCAAGUAAAUAUUUGUCAGUCAGGGGCCUUCAGACUUCGGCUUCCAUCAUUCUCAGCACAGGCAAUUGUCAGGAAUGCUGGAAGUUGUAGUUUGAAACAUCUGGAAGACACCAGGUUGGGAAAAGCUGGAUGAUGCAAUUUAUGGUUUCUGCACAUUCUCAUCUGAAAGGGAAGGUUUCCUUUAACAGUAGUUCUGUGCCUCAAAAAAAAAAAAAGUGCACCAACAAAUUCCAGACUCAACUAAUGAACUUAAUGCAGACUUCAUUUUGUAUAGCACUCCUCCCAAACUCCAGCUUCUGCUCUGGUACGGUAAAGCCACAGAUAUGCUGAAUGAACAUAUUGUUGUCUCCAAUUCAGAGGUUUCUGGCUUUCUUUCCCAGCUUUGUGGCUAGCUUCACAGACUUCAUAUGGAGUUAGUUUUCUGCUCUUAAGAGCUGGGAAGAGACCAUGCACCCAAUAGAUCGGACGUCUAAGAAAGUCAAAGCUGAUACCUAGAAAUGUGAACACUUUGAAGAACUGUGCUUAAAAGGUUGAUGCUGCUCCUACCCCCCUCCCCAUUAGAAUGGUGGUGUGUGUCCUUGCAUGCCAGUCCUUCUUGAGAGCAAGAGACCCAUCAACAUUGACCUUCACAAGGGUGACAUAGUGACUGUUGUGCUGGGUUUAGUUCCGGUUGAUCUGGAUUUAAAUCCCAGUUCAACUGUAAAGCUUACUGGUUGGCAUCAGGACAGUUACCAGUAUGGGGGAUCUACUGCUCUGAGCAUGAAGGAGGCUUUAUUUUUUAAAGCCUUAAAAGUUUAAACCAAUCUUUGGAAAUGCCAGUUAGAUCUAGACAACUAACAGAUGGCAUUAAGCAAAAUCUGUUUUGUUAGCGGCAAUGGCCCGCAUGCAAGUGCUGCUCAAGCUUGGCGCUGGGGUGCGUGAUUCUUGGGUUUACUCCUUACCCUUGCCAGUUAAAGCAGCCUCCCCCAAACUGGUGCUUUCCAGAUGUUUGCGCUACAACUCCCAUAAGUUUGAGCCAGCAUUACCACAGAUCAGGAAUGAUGGGACAAGUAGUCCAACACAUAUGGGGAGGACUCCAGGAGAAGGAAGGGUGAGUUUGAAGGCUCUGAGGUAGCCAGACUUAGGGUUUGAACCUGUGUGUCCAAACUCCUCAGAGAGAAGGCCCACAAUUGCAGAAAAAACAAGAAGCUGGCUGUCUGGCCCUAUCUGCCCGCCCACCCGUCUUUCUCUCUUUGCUUUCGUGGUAAUUGCUACAUAGAAGCUUACAAAGGGAGAAUGGCCAAAGGCAAGUUUUUGGUGGAAGAACAUGGAGAAAUCCUAGUGCUAAAAAUACUACUUUGUAGCUUUCUGUACAUGCUGUUCUCCUUCCUGAGUUGAAUGUGCCUCUUUAAGGCAACAAUUCCUCAUUGGGUGUAUUGGCUCUUAAGUCCAUUUUUGUUCUCCGUGAAAGUAAUUUCUGGCAUUUUUAUAACUGGUUUGGCUUGACUUGGCUUGGCUUUCAGGUAAAAAUAACGAAGGAAGGCUUGGAGAUUUGGCCUGGUGUAGUGUCCACCACCGGAUCCUUAGGAAAAGGAAAUGAUGUCUGAAACUAAGCUGCAGGGUGAGAUGAAGCCAGAAGGGGGCAGCAGUGAGCCGUCGACAACCCCAGAACUUCUUCAGCGACUCCGAGAGCUCGAGGCGGAGAAUUUGGCUUUGGCACAAGCCAAUGAGAACCAGCGAGAGACAUAUGAGCGCUGCCUGGAUGAGGUGGCCAAUCAUGUGGUGCAGGCGCUGUUAAACCAAAAGGACCUCCGUGAAGAAUGCAUCAAGCUGAAAAAGCGGGUCUUUGACCUUGAGCGUCAAAACCAGGCCCUCAGUGAUCUCUUCCAUCAGAAACUGACUUCUGGCUCUCUCUCCCAGCUCUCAUCCCAUCCCACUUCCUUGCUUUUGGACCCAUCCUCCCAGCCAGGUAUGGUAGAGAAGCUCCCAGCUGCCUUUCCCCUGGGACGCUGCAUCUUGCAGAGAGAGGUUAUCUCAGAGGAGCAAUAUGUUGGCACUCCUGGGCCCAGCCCCCAGGCCUUGGAGGCUCUCUCCCCAUUUCUGCGCAAGAAGGCCCAGAUUCUGGAGGUGCUUCGCUCUUUGGAAGAGAUGGACCCCUUACUCGCCUUUCCUUCUCCUUGGCGAGACCCUGGGCAACCUGGUUCUCCAGAAGGGGUGACAGCAGAAGCCUGGCCAUGCCUGCUCCUGGCACAGGGGGAAGGUCUGCCCAGGCAGCGUCCCCUGAAAGGGGAGGGCAGCUCUUCCUCCUCUUCAGAUGAAGCUGGCGAAGCCGAUCCCCCGGAGAAAGGGCACCCUGGGCAGGUGCUGCUGAGUGCUUUGGCCGAGCGCAAGUUGGACUUGGGUGAUGUGGAGACUUACCUUCAGCAAGUCCUGCGGGAGGCAGGUGACAGUGCCCUGCUGAACGGGGAGCCCAGUGGGCCCUGCUUGAUGGAUGGCAGUGAGAGCCAGGUCAGCAGCUACAAGCACAUCCAGGCUGUCAGUUGCCUGGAGGCCCUGGGCCCACCCUCUGCCUGCAGGGAGACCGCCUACCUGAGUGUCCUGGCACCAGGCGAAGGCAAGGACAAGUCUCGGCCAGGCCCGCCCAUUCCCUCUCCCUCCAAGGUGCUCAAGUUGCUGAAGAUGCCACCACCUCCCAGUCCAGCCGCCUUGCGGCUCAGUCCCCAGCUCACCCGCAGCUCAAAAAUCCCGUGCCGCAGCAACACUUACGAGGUGUACCACUCUCCCACGCCCAGCCGCAAGGGCUCCCCUGACAGUCCCUUCCCCACUGACUCCAGCCUUGCUGGGGGCCAUCCCUCCCCUAAGGCUGGCCGGCAUCUAGCUCCUCUGCCCCCCAAAGUCACACCCACCUCCCCAGAUCCUUUCAGCUACCACAAGCCUCACGACUACGAGAACAUCUUGGAGCUCUCCCUCAGCAGUGCCAUCGGCUCCCAUCCGCACUCUCCCCGAGACACCAAGCUAGAUGGGUCCGAAGCACUUCCCCCUGCCUGCCGCUCAGCACCCCCUCGGGUGGUGCCAGCCAGCGAGGUCUCCCUGGAGCCCUGCCCUUUUGUGGGUGGCCGGGAGAAGGCAGGCCCGGAAAGCAAGUACUCCCCGCCUCUCAUUCGCCGGAAUACUGACAACUCCAAGAGGGCUGGCAACGGCCCGAGCAAGCGGACCCCCGAGGUGGCCAACAUGCCCUUCAAAGAGCGGCUCACUGUGCUGGGGAGACUGAAGGGAACGGAGGGGAAGGAGUCAGCCAGCUUUGAGAAGGGGAGAGCUCCCGCCCGGCCCUGCGAGCGCCCCGAGGGCCUAGGUGAGGCCCACCCCCGGCUGGGCACAGGGAGCAGCAGCCUCAAGCACCAGGAGCCAUGCCAUGGCAGUGAACCUGCACCUCGGUGCUACUCUUCUCACUCUGUUGGCUCCCGUGGGAAUGACCCUGAGCACCAUAUCUCCAAGAGCCGUCUGUUGGGGACCCCAGCCACAAGGAAUCCCACCAAGCCCCCACCACCUGGGAAGCAUGCCAAGAGCCCUCAUGGCAGUCCCACCAAAUUACCUUCCAAAUCCCCCACAAAGCCCCCUGCCCAGGAGCCUAAGCCAUGCCUACCACCAGCCAAAACGCCCACCAGUGCUGGGCGCAAGAACCCACCUUGCCUGGACCCAACCAAGGGCAAAGCAGGGCCUCCAGCCAGCAUCGAAGAGAAGGUGAUGAAAGGCAUUGAGGAGAAUGUUUUGCGGAGGCAUAAAGGAGGCCUGGCAGCUGGUGAGGCGAAGCAGAAAAAUUCGAGCAGCCUAGCCAGCUGGUUUGGCCUGCGCAAGAGCAAGCUGCCUGCCCUCAGCCGGAGGCCAGAGGCCCCCAAAGGCAAGGAAGGGAAAUUGGUCUCCCGCAGGCUGGAGGCUGAGAGCCUCAACAUUUCCAAACUCAUGGAGAAAGCAGAGGAUCUGCGGAAAGCACUGGAGGAAGAGAAGGCCUACAUCAAUGGGCUGGCUCUGGACAAGCCCCGACCCCAUGCCUGUGACCCCGGCCACAGCCAGCUCACCCUCAUGUACCAGGAAGUGACUGCCGAGAACUUCAUGCAGCAGCUGCUCAACCGGGUGGAUGGGAAAGAGGCCCCAUUUGAGACUCACUUGGAGCAGAAGAAUGACCUGCAGGGCCUGCAGCGAGGCCUGCAUGAUGCCAAAGAUCCCCGCCUCCUCCGGCCUCCACGCAAUGGCAUUGUUGGGCACCUUCAUGCCUGCCCAGAGGCACCCGCCAAGCUUCGCGAUGCAACUUUGCAAGAGGAGAAUCCAUCUGAUGACAGCCUGGCUGAGUCAGUGACCUCCCAGCACUUUGCAGUGUGUAGCUCUCUGACGCGGACUCUGGACAGCGGCAUUGGCACCUUCCCUCCACCUGACUACUGCAGCGGGAUGCCCUGUAAGAGUGUGCCUAAGCUGAGGCCGCGACUUGAUCCUCCACCAGCUGGACCCUUCCCAGCGCGGGGCCCCCCGCCUGUUACCAGGGUGCCCCGCAAAGCCCGGACGCUGGAGAGGGAGGUGCCCAGCACAGAGGACCUGCUGGGGCCUAGCAAGCACCAAAGCAUGCCAGCUUUCCAUGGGGUCUUAACCAGUGCCGAGCCAACCUCCGGGCAUCGUGAUCACAGGGGCUGUCCAGAAGGGUUCAGCUUGCAGUGUUGCUGAAAGGAGACGGACCUCCUCAGAUGGGCCUCAGCCCUCGCCAGCCUUCAGCACCAGCAGCAGCCGUACCCCCAGUGCUUCCGACAUGGGUGAGGAGGGCAGCACAGAGGCCCGUUCCAGGGAUAUGGG